GAUAUUUUGGAUGACUAUAAUGAAUGCAACCUCCAUUCGACUAUGUCUAAAUUUUUAUUUUUAUGUCUAAAUUUUUGAAAAUGGAAUGUUUGCUUGUUGUGAUUUUAAACUGAUGAUUAGUAAUUUUUGUAAGUGGAGGAAUGCGAAGGAGAUUUUGAAAAUCAGGAAAUUUGGUUAAAAAAUCUGCUGGGCUUUUGACCUGGACUAUCAGUGUGCUUCCCUUGUCGUCCUUGGCGUCCGGUUCUUUCGAAGGGGUGGUAGGUAAGUUUAAGGUCUAUGUUCUCCAAUUACGAGCUCUCCCUGCGGUCUCGUGCUACGCACCAACAGCCAACAAGUUUUUUAUGUUCCCAUUGCUUCAUUCGAUGGAAGAGAACCCCGGGCUCCUUAAAGGUGUUCUAUCGAUCAAACCCGUUACAACUUUUUGAUCGGAGGUACCGUAGAAGUGAGGGAAAGGGAACCCAGCCCUAUCUGAAGGAGGAGUAUGGAUCGAGUUCUGACUAGUCGUCUUCUUGGCCUGGCUGGGCUGGGCUGGGUUCAGUUCCCCUUUCUUCACUACUACGGGGCUCUGAGCCCCUCCACUGGAAGAGUAAAAAUCCUUGCCGAUUCGGUGAGAAAAGAUUUGAUGAUUAAAUUUGACUUGGAUCGAUAAAAUCCCCACGC